AUGCCUAUUCUCAUAGGGGAAGCCACGGAUGUAGCUUUCGCUACAAGAUUCCGCCAAGAGAUACUGGGCAAGUCUCAGAACCACUUCCCACGUCUUCAAAACCUUCUAGAACAAGCAAUUCGCAAUCCUGCCACAUGCGAUUUGCUCUCUGCCUGCAAGCUGUUUGCCCUUUUCGCCCUAGGCGAAGCAUACUCAACGAGAACAUGCCAAGCGGAAGAAAACUUUCCUGGUAUUCGAUAUUAUAUCAGCGCUACACGUAUGCUUCGCGUUCUUUGUGAGGAGCCCAAAAUCGAUUGUGUUGAGAUCAUGGUCAUGCUGUCUAUAUAUUCUCUUGCCAUGAACCGUCGUCACUCUGCUUAUUGCAUAGCGGGCUACGCGUUACGCUUCUGCAUCAUCAUAGGUCUCCAUCUGAACGUUUCUCCCCAACAACUACCCGACCGCGAACUACGAGAGCAUCGAACACGAGUCUGGUGGUCAGCAUAUAUACUUGACCGAAGUUGGGCUAGUAUGUUGGGGAAACCCAUAUCAAUUCAAGAUGAAGAUAUUGAUGUCAACAUGCCUUCUGAGCUACAAUCUUUACCACCUUCCGAUACUGCGUCUAAUGAUGAUUUCGCCGAUACUGAUAAUUUCUCGGCGAGUAUUCGACUAGCGAACCUAGGAGCCAAAAUCACGGCGUCGCUUUAUAGUAGGAGAUCUCACAACACUCCCUUUUCAUCACGUGUGCAGCAAGCGCUACAAGACCUGAGCCACUGGUUACAGGGACUUCCAGAACCUCUACGUAAAUGCAUCGAACACGUCCCCCCCGGAUCUACCAUGCAUGCCGUCACUCUUCAUUUAUACUUCAAUCAGUGCCUCAUUUUAGCCUCGAGACCGAUCUUACUGCAUGUUCUUCGCUUACGUCGAGAUUCAUCAAUGGGCACAUUAGAACCUGGAACAGAAUCCAUCAGUGCCAGCGCGAUAGCUCUAUCAGAGGCCUGCGUUGAGUGUGCAAGACGUUCGUACCGUGUUCUCUCAGACUCCUCGAUCAACGGGUCAUUCCCGACAUUUGAUUACACAUAUACUCAGUAUCUAUUUUCAGUCGCCAUCGUUCUUGCCAUAUCAAGUGUUCUUGCAGAAUGCACCACCGACGGAGAUGACUUUGAGACAGCAGCGCAGAUCCUCGAACAACUCGAUCAGAAUGGAAGCUUUGCAGCCAAAGAGUUUUGCAGACAUAUAAAGGCAACGAGUAAUAUGCUCAUCCAGGUUCAUGCGGAACGGGAGCAAGUCGGCCAUGGUUUAGCACCUGCUUUGAAUGAUACCAUGGGGCACGAAACAGAACUGCUUGUUGGACCGUUGUUGCAGGAUUUGCUGUCACAGACGGAGUUGAAUCUUCAGUUUCUCGAGGCGUCGGCCAUUGACCAUGGCUUUCAGACCUUUUUUUGGCCAGAGGAACAGGACGAUAAUUGUAGAUAG